CGGAACGUAAACACACGAAAUGAUCUGGACCAUUUGUCUGCUUGUCCAAGCUGCGCUGCUGUAUUUCAUCCUCACACACAGAUCGAGAUCCAAGAGUGAGCCGCCUCUAGACAAAGGACUUAUCCCGUGGUUAGGCCAUGCACUUGAGUUUGGAAAAGAUGCUUCCAAGUUCUUGAGUCGAAUGAAGCUGAAACAUGGCGACAUUUUCACAGUACGUGCUGCUGGACGUUAUGUGACGGUGCUGCUGGAUCCACACUCGUACGAUGAAGCCAUCCAGGACUCCGAUUGCCUGGACUUCACACGCUAUGCACAGGUGCUCAUGGAGAGGAUCUUCAACCUGCGGCUCCCACAUCACCAGCCGCAUAAAGCAAAAGCCAUGAUGACAAAGCACUUCAUGGGAAUGAAUUUGGAUGCCCUCAACAGCACAGUGAGCAGACACCUGCAGGCCUUGCUGAAAGCUGAGAUGCCUCAGAACCGGAAAGACUGGAAAAAGGAGGGACUGUUUGACUUCUCUUACAGUUUACUCUUUAAGGCGGGGUACCUGACGCUGUUUGGAGGAGAACAGAACAACAACAGCUCGGAUCCGUCAAGUGUCUACGAGGAGUACAAGAAGUUUGAUGGUCUCUUAACCAAAAUGGCAAGGGGCACACUAAAGCCAGAGGAGAAGAGGACAGCCCACAGUGUUCAACAGAGACUGUGGGAGCUUUUGGCUCCAGCCGGUCUGACUGAGGACUCGGGGUCGAGCCCUUGGCUUCAUGGCUACAGGCGUCUCCUGCAGGAGGAGGGGGCCGAUGAGGACACGCAGAGGAAGGCCAUACUUAUGCAACUGUGGGCCACGCAGGGUAAUGUUGGUCCUGCUACAUUUUGGCUGUUGGGCUACUUGUUGACAAACCCUGAAGCUCUGAUGGCGGUGAAGAGGGAGUUCAGCCAGAUCUCACAGAUGGAGACCUCAGAGACUCCUCUCACGGACAGACUUAUGAACACCCCUGUGUUUGGUAGUGCUUUGGAAGAGGCAUUGAGACUCACUGCUGCCCCCUUCAUCACCAGAGAGGUGGUGAAGGAAAAGACCCUCCACAUGGCUGAUGGCCAAGAGUACCUGCUAAGAAAAGGAGACAGGAUGUGUUUGUUCCCCUUCAUCAGCCCUCAAAUGGACCCUGAGAUUUACCACGAGCCACAGAAGUACAAGUACGAUCGCUUCCUGAAUGAGGAUGGAUCAGUGAAGAAGGAUUUUUAUAAAGGAGGGAGGCGGCUGAAAUAUUACACCAUGCCAUGGGGCGCAGGGACCAAUGGCUGUGUGGGAAAGCAGUUUGCCAUCAAUACCAUCAGACAGUUUGUUUACAUGGUGUUGACUAACUACGAUUUGGAGCUGUGUGACCCAAAUGCUCAGAUGCCGGAGGUAAAUGCCAGUCGUUAUGGAUUUGGGAUGCUACAACCAGAGGGGGACUUGCUUGUCCGAUAUAAAUCGAGGAAUACACACUAGGUCUUUAAAGACAAACAAAACACACAUCUUUUAUGUACAUUUCAACACAUGCACAUUGUUGUUAAUAUUCCCUUUGUACUUUUAUAUACUAUAUUUAUAUCAAACAGUAUAUAAUUAUUUUUGUUAUUUAUCAAUAAAUGUA